AUCUUAUUAAUAAUUUUCCGUUAUCGCAAACUAAAAUUUUCUAAGGUCCGUUCUCACUUUUGAUAUUUAACGAGCAACUGCGACCAUUUCAUAUCCAUAAAAUUUUCAGUUCAUUCACUUCCUAGUUAAUUAUUUCCUACCCAAAUUUAAAAAUUCUACUGCCAUAAUUUUACUGCCAUAUCUCUUCUCCUCUCAGCUAAAAUGUCGACUAAACGGAGGCCGUCAACAAGAAUCGCUCAUCCAGUUGUCCGACAAAGUGCAAAACAGCCUUUGAAAACCACCAUUAAUGAGUCCGAGACAACUGUUUCGAUUCCAACCACUUCAACAGAAAUUGGGAUUCAGAACACUCAAGUCAUUUCCAUCUCAAGCGAUUCGGGUAGCAGCGAGUAUGAGUCGGACAGCAAUAUACCUGCACAAUUAUGGGAUGAGACCAAGCCGAAUACCGAGGCAGACCAAAAAAAGACCACCCUACGUCUAGAAGACAAUGGAAACGUCGAUGUCGACAUAUCCCCGCCUAGCAUGCCAGCUGAGGACGAAUCUGACCAGGAGGCUACGGAACCUACGUUUGGUGAACUUGCACGCGCACAUGACACCAUUGACGUCCCAACGGCACCAUCCGCACAACCAAACAACCUCACCAUACCAGGGCGAUCUCUGGCACCAUCUAGCCUCUCGUCUCUAGGAACCGUCCUAUCUCAGGCGCUCCGUACCGACGAUACAGAGCUUCUAGAGUCCUGCCUUCAUACCACAGAUCUCGCCACAGUCCGCAAUACUAUACAGAGAUUGGACUCCAGCCUUGCUGGGAAAUUGCUAACCAAGCUGGCGGCCAGGAUGCACAGACGACCAGGGCGUGCUGGUAGUCUAAUGGCCUGGGUACAAUGGACACUUGUGGCACAUGGAGGCGCGUUGGCGACCCAGCCCCAGAUAGAGAAGAAGCUGAGCGACUUACACCGAGUGCUGGAAGAGCGGUCAAGAGGCCUCAGCCCUCUACUAGCUCUAAAGGGCAAGCUCGACCUGCUAGAGGCGCAAAUGGAGUUACGUCGGGGAACGCAGUGGAAUCGAGACCUACUUGAGGGAGAAGACGAGGAUGGCAUUGUGUACGUGGAAGGAGAAGAAAGUGGUGUGGUGUUGGUCAAUAAGAAAGUAAACCCGGAGGAUCAUGAGGAUGACGACAACGACCAAAAACCUGUCGUGAACGGUCUAGUCAACGAGAGCUCUGAAGACAGAGAGUCAAGCGAGGAUGAGGUAGAUGAGAGUGACCUAGAGGGCCAGGAAGACGUGGAUGAGAAUGACGUGAAUCACGAAGACGUAGAGUCUGACGAGGAAGAUAGUGAGCGCGAGGCCACGGGGUCACAACGACCAGCAAAACGGACAAGGACAAAACGGAAAUAAGAGAUUAGACUAGGGUUGAAUAUAUAUCUAGAACGCGGUCUAAGUGAUACCCCUUUCUAUAGCUAUCGCUAUAAGGCUAUGUACUAAGGAGGAGCAGAGCGUACGCGAUAUUAAUAUCCCGGAUAGGUUUACUCGAAAGUAUACUCUAUCGAAGAUUAUAGCUCGUAUGAUAGUCUAAGAUAAAUGAAACUAAUAUUACUAUAUUAAUC